UCCAGGGGGCAAAGCGCAUUUUCUCAGCCGGCCCACUCCAUGUUCUGCAUGUGGAAGGGAGGAAGAACUGCUCUGAGGAAGUGGGAGGGGGAACUCAGGGCAGGCCAGGCUCUGGCCUCAAUUCUGUCCCACCCUCCUUGGCCAGCAAGGAGCCCUUUGCACAUCAGGGGCCCCAGGCUGAGGAAGGUGUGGGGCCCUCUGGGGCCUGCUGGUCCCCUGUGUAGCCGGAGGAGGGGUUCCUGCUAAGCAAGGUGGCUGCCCUUCUGCUCUUAACAGGCCUGCCCAGCAGCUGUGUGGCUCUGGCCACUGCCCGACGUCCAGUCCCUUAAUGCAAGGGGGCUUCUGUCCCGCUCACUUCCUUCUCAGUGGGUCUGUAGGCUCAGGCAUGGCUGGACAGAGACUCUUGGGGACCCCUGAGGCAAGCUGUCUCUGCCCCAAGGACCAGCUCAAGCUGUGGAGUACCAGGAGCCCCCCCACACACACCCAGUGGUGGGAUUCAGCCAGUUCACACUACUUUGGGAGAACCGAUUGUUAACUUUCUGAGCAGUUUGGCAAACCGGUUGCUGGAAAAAAUUAUCAGGGUAGAGAACCGGUUGUUAAAUUACUUGAAUCCCACCACUGCCCCCAUCCCCUGGCAGAGGGGAGGAGGGAGGCUCUCUUCAGAUGCCGCCCAUGGGGUGAGGGUUGCUGUGGGGCAAGGGGCAUCUCUUGGGAAGGGGCAGUAAUGGAAGAGGUUGAGUCUGGCAAGGUGUGUCCUGCCUGGCUCAAUCUACCACCUGCUUAGCAACCGAAGGGGAGGAGGGUUGGAGGAGGGUUGGAAGAGCCCCCAAAGGGGCCUCUGGGCUUCCUAGGCUGAACUCUGGGCAUCGUGCCCACUGGCACCCGCCUCCUCAUGCCAGCCUUCCCCGGGAAGAGCCUGGCCGGGCAGGGGGCUCUUCUGCCAGACCCUCCCCAGAAGAGGAGCGGGAGGGGUCAAUGUGUUGCAGCUGCCUAUCUCCAAGGGGUUGCACAGAGAACAAACCGCUUGCACGGAUUUAAAUUUAAAUCAGUAAAAAAAAAUGGAAAUGGUUGCGCUUGCAUAACAGCCCUCCAGAGGGGGGAAGCUGGAGCAAAAGAGCGGCUGGAAGCAGAAGGCGCUCUCGCCUCACACUCGCUGGCCGGUGACAUCAUGACGCCGUGCCAGAACCCUCCCGUAGCUCAAGGGGCUGACGGGACACCAGGCUCCUCCUGGGGGAAAGGGGGCGGAGCUACUGGGAGAGAAACCUGGCGAGGGCGUGUCCGGCUGAUGCGCUGCGCUAAUUUAGGGGCGGGACCGGAGACGCUAGCCUGGCCCUUUAUAUGUUAUAGCCUGGCUCGGUGGCUAAGACAGGAAACCGCCGGAAUCCCUGCUGCUCUUCUGCAGGCUUCCAAAAAUGUUUGAGGAACUUUGGGGCAGGGGAGAGGAAGAAGAGGAGGAGGAGAUGACAGGAGUGCCCUCAACCCAGACAAGGGACCCACCCCUGGCAGGAAGGGCCCCGACGUGGCAGAGUGUGGAAGCUGGCUGCCUGGGCUCCUGCCGGACCCUCUGCCAUCCGUCCUUCCAGCCCUUCUAUUCAGCCAUCUUGGGCUGCAGCCGCUGCUCCAGGCACCCCCCUCUAGAAGGCCCAGCAUGGGAAGCAGGACCCCCGCCCUUCCUGGACUGCAGCAGCUUUUUCUACACGGAUCCCACCCAGCCCCCCGGAUACCGGAUCCACAACUGGCUGUCCUGCUGCUCUCUGGAAGUCCUCCACCGGCUGCAUCUGGACACCCCAGCUCCCAUCAUGGCCCCCCGGGAGAUCGCUCCCGCGCCCAGCUUCUGCACCAGGAGACGCUGGUUCUCCAGCGAGGAGCUGCAGGCCGUCUCUGCCCUUCUGGAGCUACCAGCAGCAGCACGAGCUGGCCCCCAGGCUGACAGUGGGGCCGAGCAAGGGGACCCUUAAGAGCCCCUGGGACGGACGGACAAACGGACGGACAUAUGCUUUCUCUGCUGGGUUCUUUGUUACAUGGCAGCUAUGCUGGCUGGGGAAUUCUAAGAGUUGAAGUCCACAAGUCUUAAAGUUGCCACGGUUGGCCAUCUGGUUUGGGGAACCCAGCUGCCUCCUAGGCUUCACGGACAGAAUAAAGUUAA